AUGGCCUCCCUAACUCUCCCAUCUCUACUGCGCACAUCCACGCGCGCAUUGAGACGCAACCGUAUCCCCGCACUCAACCCAUGCUUCCGCUCAAUUUCAACGAAACACCCCGCGGGCUUCGUUCCGCCAUCAGAGGAUGAUCUAGUAGAGCUCCGAGAGCGUGUACAAGAUUUCACAAGGCGAGAGAUCUCAGCCGAGGUUGCUCAACGGACAGAUGAGCUCAAUGAGUUCCCGGCGGAGAUGUGGCAGAAAAUGGGCGAUGCUGGUUUCCUUGGUGUCACAGCAAACGAGGAAUAUGGCGGCUUGGGAAUGGGCUACCAAGCGCACUGUGUUGUGAUGGAAGAGAUUAGCCGCGCAUCAGGAAGCAUUGGUCUUUCCUAUGCCGCCCACUCCCAGCUCUGCGUGAACCAGCUGUCUCUCAAUGGCUCGACAGAACAAAAAGCGCGCAUUCUUCCAGGUCUACUCUCAGGUGAGAAGGUCGGUGCACUAGCAAUGUCGGAACAUUCAGCAGGCUCCGACGUCGUUAGCAUGAAGACGACAGCAAAAGAAGUGGAUGGAGGCUGGCUCUUGAACGGAACCAAAAUGUGGAUUACCAACGGCCCCGAUGCCGACUACAUUGUCGUUUACGCCAAGACAGAGCCAGAAUUGGGCUCCAAGGGAAUCACUGCGUUCAUCGUCGAAAAGUCGUUCAAGGGCUUCUCAUGUGCUCGCAAGCUAGACAAGCUCGGUAUGCGCGGUUCGAACACAGGCGAACUCAUCUUUGAAGAUGUGUUCGUUCCCAAGGAGAACCUUUUGGGAGAGGUGAACCGCGGUGUUCGUGUCUUGAUGGAAGGUUUGGACUUGGAGCGACUUGUCCUGAGUGCAGGACCACUAGGAAUCAUGCAAGCCGCACUUGACCUAGUUCUUCCUUAUACCCACGUCCGCAAGCAAUUUGGCACUCCAAUCGCCCACAACCAAUUGAUCCAAGGCAAGCUUGCGGAUAUGUAUACCAAGUUGGCUGCCUCACGCGCCUACACGUAUGCCACGGCUCGGCAGGUUGACAACGCCGCCGUGGCAUCUGGUGAAAUGACUGUCCGCACUCAGGACUGCGCCGGCGCCAUUCUCUAUGCCGCUGAACGCGCCACCGAGUGCACCCUCGACGCUAUUCAACUGAUGGGCGGCAGUGGAUACAUCAACGAGAUUCCAGCUGGUCGCUUGCUCCGAGAUGCGAAGCUGUAUGAAAUCGGUGCUGGUACUAGCGAAAUCCGUAGGAUGGUCAUUGGCCGCGCCUUCAACAAGGAGUUCGCCUAG